AUGGAGAGCCUGCUUGGAACGUAUCUCACCCACGUCCAGCGACUCUGGGCGGACUUCGACAUCGAUUCGGAAUCCCUCAGAACCGGCUCCGUCGCUGCUAUUGUCUCCGUUAUCGCGCUGUACGUAGGAUACCGCUAUAUCCUAAGUCUAGCUGAAGCACCCGUAACGUUCAAUGUGCCGCUGCCGAAACAAUUACGAACAGACUGGAACGGGACAAAAUGGGAAGAUCUCGAAGGAGAAGGAAAACGGAUUCUUGAGGAUCAGGCUCAGGGUAAAUGGAACACAGAGCGCAUCGUGAGCUACUGCCCGGCCGACGGACGGAUACUUUCUACAAAUAUACCGCUUGCGACACGAGAGUCUAUCGACAAGGCCGUUCAAGAUGCCAAAAGGGCACAAGUUGAAUGGGCGCAGACGACGUUUGCGCAGCGGAGGAGAUUGCUCAAGACUUUACUCAAGUACGUCCUCGACCACCAAGACGACAUCGUAGCAGCCUGCUGCCUCGACUCCGGCAAAACGAAAGUCGACGCCUCCUUCGGCGAGAUCCUGGUUACCGCAGAAAAAUUGAAAUGGACAAUCGAUCAUGGCGAGAAGGCUCUGACACCGGAAAGUCGUCCUACGAAUUUUCUCAUGAUGUACAAAAAGAACAGUGUACGCUACGAACCGCUUGGUGUUGUCUCUGCGUGUGUUUCGUGGAAUUAUCCAUUCCACAAUUUGAUUUCGCCUGUUAUCAGUGCGCUGUUUGCGGGGAAUGCGAUUGUGGUCAAACCAUCGGAGCAGACGGCGUGGUGCUCUGGUUUUUUCGUGGAUGUUAUCCGUGGAGCGUUGAUUAGCCUUGGUCAUUCGCCAGACCUUGUGCAGUUGGUGGUGUGUCUACCGCAAGUCGCGGAUUCAUUGACCUCGCACGCAGAUAUUUCGCAAUUGACGUUCAUCGGGUCCAGACCCGUGGCGCACAAAGUCUGCGAGUCAGCCGCCAAAUCUUUGAUUCCAGUUACAGUGGAACUUGGGGGAAAAGAUCCGUUUGUUGUGCUUGAUGAUUCGACUACGGUACGAGGGCUAGAGUCAAUUGCUUCUAUUCUUAUGCGCGGCGUGUUUCAGUCUGCAGGCCAGAACUGCAUUGGUGUGGAACGUGUGAUUGCUCUUCCGGGCACAUAUGAUAAACUCGUUGAGAUUGUGACGCCGCGGAUCAAAGCAUUAACUCUGGGUUCGAUACUGCUGGAUACGAAGAACGACUCGUUUACGCCAGAUGUCGGUGCCAUGAUUUCGCCUGCUGGAUUUGCAAGACUUGAAACUCUGAUCGCCGAAGCUGUAGAGCAAGGUGCUCGACUCAUUCACGGUGGUAAACGAUACCAACACCCCAAGCACUCGCGUGGACACUACUUUACACCUACAUUACUUGUCGAUGUAACACCGACAAUGCGCAUCGCACAAAUUGAACUCUUUGCUCCCGUCAUGGUAAUCAUGCGCGCUUCUUCUGUAUCCAAUGCCAUCGAAAUCGCCAACUCCACUCCUUAUGCCUUAGGCGCAAGUGUCUUUGGCCACAACUCGCGCGACGUCGAGACAUGCGUCCGCAACAUCAAAGCCGGUAUGGUUGCCGUCAACGACUUUGGCGCCUUUUAUGCCGUCCAAUUACCCUUUGGAGGUGUCAAGGGGUCCGGAUACGGACGCUUUGCGGGCGAGGAAGGGUUAAGAGGGGUGAGUAAUUUGAAGGCUGUAUGCGUUGAUCGGUUUCCGAAGAUCGUGGGAACGCAAAUUCCGCCGAGAGUUGAUUACCCGAUAUAUAAGGGAGAGACCCCCAGGACAAAUGGGACGGGGGCGUGGGAGAUGUGUAAGGGUGUAGUGGAGACGGGCUACGUGUAUCUACUUUAA